UUCGUGAAUAUUUUAGAUAUUUUUUUAGAAAAAUGUUUAAAUCUCGUUUUGCCCGAGAGAUGCAUGCUUUCAGCAGUUUAACUCUAGAUUCACUCUCAAUACAACCAAGAACUGAUUCAGUGGAUGAGGAUGAAGAGGAUGAGGAUGAGGGGGAGAUAAAUGAGGAUGAAUCUAUCUGGAAGAAUGAGGAGGAGUGGAUGGACUCGAAUAAUUUUCAGAAAAUGCUGGACCACAGUGAGCAUCAAGACGAGGAUGCAUGGAUUGGAGAGGACGAAUGUUGGGACGGAGAACCCUGGGACGGAGAGGAUCAAUCCUGCUCCGGGUCCACUGACAUACAGACACCAGCUAACAUGGGUACCUCGAGUACACACAUUACAGUUCAGAACCCGGAACAGGCUAAAAUAAACGGUUUGUUUGUAAACAGACUUAGUGACUCAGUAAAAAUGCGGGAAAUUGAGGGCGGAGAACAAAAUGCAGGUUCGGAAGAAAUAUGGGAACGCGGAGGAAAAAAAGUUUCAGAAUUGUCAAAAAUAUUCGAAGGAUUACAGGGUGGGAGUGAAAAAGUGAGUUUACAAAAUUCUCUACCGAGGCCAGAUUCCAGAGAUUCUUUCCGGCCAUCCUCGGCUUAUUCUUAUAUACCUCCUUCAGAGGCUACAUGUUCGAGGCCGUCCUCAAUACCACCCUCCAGCCCUCAAUCAAGGCCUUCUCUGAGACCAAAAAAUAGUAAUUCAAAGGUUAUACUUGGGUUAAGUCCUAAGCCUGCAGAGAGAAAGUCUUUAUCAACCUGCUCCUCGUUCCCCAAGACGAACCCUCAUCGUUCUGACGAUCAGAUUCUUCGUUCUUCCCCUCGUCCCACUACUCGUCCUGUUUUCAAGCUAGCAGAACCAUUCACACCUCGGACUCAAGCAACUCAGAUAUCAAAGGUUGAAACGGUUUUAUCCCUGGGAUUGGAUCAGGAGGUGUGGCAAAGGAAGGAGAGUAGUCUAGAACUCCUGGAACAGGAGGUCAGGAGGCUCAGAGGGGAGAACCAGAAACUCCUUCAGGAGCUAGAACUAACCAGACAAUCAGGAGCCAGACAUUUAGCAAUGGAGAAGGAAAUAGAAGAUCUUCAUUGGCAACUCAAUAAAAUGGAGGAUUCCAGAAAAGUUUAUGAGCGGGCCACCACCCAGCUUGUAAGUUUUCUAGAUCAGGUUUCCGAUCAGCUGGUCGGCAGCAGUUUCUCAAGAACAGAUCAGCUGAUUGGCAGCUGUUCCUCAAGAACAACCUCAAGGCUAAGUCUAGAAGGGCUAGGAUCUUUCCCGCAGCCCCAGUUCAAAUCCAGGAGCAGUCUUGGAGCGGACAGUUUACUGUCAGGAGGGUCUAGAUUCAGUCUAGGGGGUGGAGGAGGAGUGGGAACUCCUAGGUUUAGAAACCUUCAUGGUAGUAGGCUCAGUCUUGGUCUGGGGGCUCGAGACCUGGAAUUGGCUCAUGAGCUGGAUAUGGUUCGUGAGCUUGAUGUUCUACGUGACUUGAACGUGUUCAGAGAUUUGAACGGAGCUAAAGAUUUGACCACCAGCAGGCUUAGUUUAGCAGCCAGUGAUCUCAACUCCAGAUUUCGAGAUGCACGUGUCGAUAUUCCCGGCCGGUCAAUCAACCCAUCAGGAAACAAGAUGGCGGAUAUUCCACGCUCCCGCAGCAUCUUGUCAAUUCCAGUUUCUGAUGACGAGAUUUCUACGAGUAGAACUAGGAGACGAAAGACGACUAGGUUUAUGGACUCCACCAAGGACUCAGACACCAAACUGGACUCGUCCGAACCGCCUCUUAAGUCCACUGCAGUCCUAGAUGCCAUCACGCCGGUCAAAUCAACCCAGGGAAAAACUAGCCAAAAAUCUAGAGAGACAAGAGUAAAGAAAAGUGCUCGAGCUGACCUGGAAGGAGUUUGGAGGCGUGAGGAUGGAAGCGAGGGCGGGGCAUCUCUUGAAAGCAAAGACAGUGGGCGGAGCACUGACAGCUGUAGCAGUGGGCGGAGCAGCCCAAAAGGAUCCAAAGACAGACAACAGCUUGCAAGCAAGGCAAAACGUAUGGUAAAGGCAGUCAGGCAAUUCUUAGCAAGAGAAAAGACCAGAUAUCCAGUUGAGAAAAAGUUUACUGAACUCCGUAACCCCUGGGUUCUGAAAGAAAAGGAAAACAUCCCAACUUGGACAAAAGAAGACGAAAUGUCGCAAGAUGCAUUUUUGGCGGAAGAAGAUGAAAAAGAUGGUCGACCUGGGCGCGUCGUUAUUCGCAUCCGUCCAGAGAAGGAACGCGGGAUUCUCUUCUCCGAUAGGAAACCCAGAGUGGACCAAGCGCCAGAAUCAACACCGAGAAAAAGUCAGUCAUUUUCUCACUCCACCCCUCGGACAGUAGGGGGGAAUACUCCCCUGAAGGAAUCCCUGAAUGAGAAUCUGAUCAAGAUUACAAAAAUGGGAACCGUAUCUGUCCCUGUCCCGUAUCCAGUUAUAUCUUCAUCCAACGAGGAUCUUUCUACACAGUGGUUCUGAUUCCAACCUUCAUAUAGACCUUGUCAGUCAUUAGAACUCAGUAGGGGGAAACAGCACCCCCCCCCUCCCCCUACAUGAUACAAGACAAUUAGUACACAUCAUGAAACCCUAACAGUUUAUACGAACUUCCAAAUUACUACCAGAUCAGUUUUUCGAAAAAACGUAUAUUUUGUUAGACAUAUCUAACACUUUCGUAUAUUCUAUUUAUAACCAAAUGUUAGUUUUAUUCUUAUACAGUCGUCGUCGUAUAUAUCAAUACAAUGAAGACUUAUUUUUA